UCUGUGAUAAUUCGCCAGUUUUCGGUGGCAUGCUAUCGAAACAGGUGGAGGCGCCCAAGCACCCAGGCGUUCCACAAGUCCUGGUCAACAUGGUGACGGCCCUCCGUAUACGUGGCUUAGAUGCGGAGGGCCUGUACCGGGUGCCAGGCCGCACGUCAAAGGUUAAGGAAAUUGAAAAUCUGGCCAAUUCCAAUAUUGAUGUACUCAGUGAACAGCUACUAUCAAGUGAAGAAGCGUACGAUGGCCGGGCAAUUUCGUCAGCCGUUAAGCGCUAUCUGGCAACUUUGCCGGAAAGUCUGCUUGAUGCUGACGUUUUUGCUACGGCCAUUGGGGAGAGGCCCGGCCAAUCCCUACGGACACCGACGGGCUUGGCCCGAGCUCUAUGGCAAGUGCAAGCCGCCCUCACCUCCUGCAUUGGCUGUCCCGGUGGCAAGAAGUCUACGGACCGAGAGAGGGGGUGGCGUUUGGCCACA